AUGACAAACUUUGGCACUUGCGCUUCAUCGAACGAGCUGUACAGACAGCUGGAGGAGAGGCAAAAGCAAGGGAGGAAGAAGUCGAGGCAAGAUUUAAUUUACCCCCCCCAGCCACAGCAGCAGCAGCAGCAGCAGCAGAAGGGACAACUGCAGCAGGACGCAGAUGUUUUAUAUGAGGCGGAGGGGAAGAAGCGAAAUGCCCCAUGCGACCCUUGCGGUGGUGCUAGGAGGCCUCGUUUGCUGUCGAGGGAAAGUGAGACAAAUCAGCAGCAGCAGCAGCAGCAGCAGCACACUGGUAACGCAGCAAACCCCCUCACAGCAGAUAUGGAACUACAACAGCAACAGCAGCAGCAGCAACAGCAACAGCAGAUCAACGGUGACUCUUCUGUUGCCAGCAGCACGACUGCUGCUGCUGCUGCAGCUUCGACUUCAGAAGCCGCAACGAAGACUCCCGCAGCAGCAGCAGCAGCAGCGACAGCAGCAGCAGCAGCAACAGCCGGAACAACAGCAGCAGCAUUGGGGAGGGCUCAGCGCCGCGCAGCGAAGCGCGAGCAUAAGCAGCAGAAGCUGCAGCAGAAGCAGCAGCAGGAGGCGCUGCGGCAGCAGCAAAGAGAACUGAAGCAAAAGACAACAGAGCAGUUAUUUGACUUGGCUGCAGCAGCAAAACAGGGCAUACUGAGGCCAUUUUUCCUUUCCAACGGGGCCCCUACUGCGGCAACUGCGGGGCGACAGCAGCAGCGGCAGCAGCAGCAGCAGCAAGAAGCCUGUGCUGUGACUGGCUUGUUAAAUGGCUCUUUGCCUCUGCUGCUCAUGAAGGCAAAACUGCGGACAGUACAAACGGAGGCCGACACCUCGCUGGUGCUGGCGAUGCCGCUUACUGGCCGCAGCCACCAAAUAAGGAAACACUUGGCGCUGCUGAAUCAGGCACCAGCAGCAGCAGCAGCAGCACAGCUGCAGCAGCAAGCUCGGCAGAUGGAACCCCAGCAGCAACAAGAGCAGCAAGAACUCUGCCGGCAGCAGCAGCAGCAAGAGCAGCAGCAGCAAGCCAGCAGCAGCAGCAACACAAAGCCCAGCUGCAGCAGCACAGACGCUCUCCCUGCUGCUGCAGCAAAUGAGGAAGGGGCUCGAAAGCCAACAG